AUGUCAAAAAGAAAUUUCGAUCGGCAUAUUCAACAACAAAUUCAAAUGGCAUCAUCGUUAACCAUGGUUAAAAAACCAAAACUCUGUAAUAUAAGUCCUGCAAUUCCAAAAGGUAAAUCUCUAAGUAUUCAAUCUCCAUCAGCUGUUGGUGAGCAGGCAGAAGAUGUAGCCGAUAUUCCUUUAAUUUGCAAUAUGUCUUAUACACAUUUUACUGAAAGUAUCAAUUUUUUGAAUAAAGAUGAUGAUAAUAAUUAUAAAAAAUCAAAACUUGUAGACAGUCUAAAAAAAAUAAUUUCAAAGUAUCAUGUAUCUCACAAUUUUGUAAACGAGUUAUUGUUAAUUUUAAGAGAAGAGGGAUUGGAUCUCCCAAAGAAUGCAAGAGUUCUUUUAAAUACCCCAAAACAUCAAAGUAUCAUACAAAUAAAUCCAGGAUCAUAUAUUCACUUGGGAAUCAAAACCAUGAUGUUUCCAAUACUAACAACAUUUAUUUCUGAUUUUUGUAACACAUCUAUAAUAAAAUUAUCAUUAAACAUUGAUGGAUUACCAAUUUCUAAAAGUUCCAAGGCAUGUUUUUGGCCCAUUUUAAUAUCUAUAAUAAAUAACACCAAAUUAUCUAAAUUAAUUAUACCUAUAGGUAUUUAUCACGAUAAGUAUAAAAAGCCCGAUUGUAUUUCAGAAUUUUUAAACCCUUUUGUAACAGAAAUGAAUGAUUUAAUAACUAAUGGUUUCUAUAUAAAUAAACAAAAAUUUACAUUUGAAAUUUCCCAAAUCAUCUGUGAUGCUCCUGCAAAGGCGUUUAUUCUUAAUGUUAAGCAAUUUAAUGCUGAUCAUGGUUGCAAUUCAUGCAUAGAAGAAGGAACAUUUCUGAACAGAAUGACCUUUUUAGGAAUGGACUCAGAAUUAAGAACUGAUAAAUCGUUUCGUGAAAAUCUGAUGUAG